AUGGAGAAUUGGAUUCCAUUAAUGGAGAUUUUCAUGAACUCACCAUGUCCUGAGACAAAAUCUUUCGACCCUUCAUCAAACAGCGCCACCAUUUCCACAGCCUCUUUUCUUUCACUGCUCGCAAAGCCCUCAGUUCUCAUCGACCUUUCUUCUCCUUCUCAAGAAAAAAGGGUUAUGUGGAUAGAGACACUACCUUCGGCUGUUCAGGCCAGAAUUUUAUCGUUUCUUGCUUAUGAUAAUCAGAGAUUUUGUAAAAAGGAGUUGUGUAAACUUGCAAGAAAGAUGUUGAGGGAGGGCAAAGGUCUUGAUUUUUGGGUGAAGAAAUGUGCACAGCAGUUGCUUGAUUUGGUGUCUGUAUCAAAUUAUCAAUGGGUUUCCCAUUUGGAUUUGGGUUCCGAAGAUGACAAUGUGGAGGAUGAGUUUCUGUCAGUGCCAGAUUGGCUUAGAGAUGCUGCGAAAGAUAGCGAGUCAUUGCUUCCUUGGUUACCUAUGUCGCCUCAUGAGUUAAGUCUAAAAGUACCUUUUGUUAGCUGUGGUGAGGAUGAAGAUAAUUUUCUGAAGGAGGUCGAGGAGGAUAAACAGGAGAGUGUGGAUGAUAUGAUGGUAGAAGAUCAUGGGAGUCCUAGGAAAAUUGAUGAUCCCCUGGACCCUGAAGUUGAGAACAAAGCAAAAUCUUUGAAAUCCCGUUUAGUAGAUUUUGAUUCUAUUUCGAAAGCAGUUCAAUUGGCCAAGGACAUUCGCCAACUUUGUGUCAAAAGAGAAAAGGAUUCUUUGGCUGUUAUGGCCUUGAUUGAACCAUGGAAUGCAGAAGAUGAGACUGCUGCAGUUUUAGUUUCCCAUUUGUUGGUUGGAAAUGAAGGAGACGAGCUUGAUUGGCCGAGCCAUGUUCUAUGCUCAAUUGUUCUUCCCAAAUUGCUCCUUCUCAAUCAACCAGCUUCUGGUGUACUAGUGGCUGCAACAAUAGAGUACUGCAAUGCCCAUCAAAGGGCCGCUGAAUAUGCCCUCUUAUUUCCACUGAUUCUACGAAAUGAGGGAAUAAACAACCCUAUCUGCGAUGUAAUCACUAGUAUAGUUAGAGAAUGUCUGCACCCAGCUCAUGUUUCUGCAUUUUGCCAAAAAGUACUGUCGAAAGAUAUAAACGCAUGGAAAUUCAGCAUCUUGAAUCAUAAUGUUUAUCUGACCGAAGAUUCAAUUGAACAACUCGUUCACCGGGUUUACGAAUUCAGCCACAGGUAUUCAAAAUCUUUGAAGUUUGGCAACUUUAUCUUAUGCCUAAUCACCAAAUAUGCUCCUUUACUGAAGCCUCACAAGGUUUUAUUAACUGAAGCAGUUGAGAAUACUAGAACCCUUGUUACCAAAUCUGUUCUAGCAAAAUUGUCUAGCUUGUAA